AUGCCGGGGGGCAAGAGAGGGCUGGUGGCACCGCAGAACACAUUUUUGGAGAACAUCGUCAGGCGCUCCAGCGAAUCGAGUUUCUUACUGGGAAAUGCCCAGAUUGUGGAUUGGCCUGUAGUUUAUAGUAAUGACGGUUUUUGCAAACUCUCUGGGUAUCAUCGAGCUGACGUCAUGCAGAAAAGUAGCACUUGCAGUUUUAUGUAUGGAGAAUUGACUGACAAGAAAACCAUUGAGAAAGUCAGGCAGACUUUUGACAACUACGAGUCAAACUGCUUUGAAGUUCUUUUGUACAAGAAAAACAGGACCCCUGUUUGGUUUUAUAUGCAAAUUGCACCAAUAAGAAAUGAACAUGAAAAGGUGGUUUUGUUCCUAUGCACUUUCAAGGACAUUACGUUGUUCAAACAGCCAAUAGAGGAUGAUUCAACAAAAGGUUGGACAAAAUUUGCCCGAUUGACACGGGCUUUGACAAAUAGCCGAAGUGUUUUGCAACAGCUCACGCCAAUGAAUAAAACAGAGGUGGUCCACAAACAUUCAAGACUAGCUGAAGUUCUUCAGCUGGGAUCAGAUAUCCUUCCUCAGUACAAGCAAGAAGCGCCAAAGACGCCACCACAUAUUAUUUUACACUAUUGUGCUUUUAAAACAACUUGGGAUUGGGUGAUUUUAAUUCUUACCUUCUACACCGCCAUUAUGGUUCCUUAUAACGUUUCCUUCAAAACGAAGCAGAACAACAUAGCCUGGCUGGUGCUGGACAGUGUGGUGGAUGUUAUUUUUCUGGUUGACAUUGUUUUAAAUUUUCACACGACCUUUGUGGGACCUGGUGGAGAGGUCAUUUCUGACCCCAAGUUGAUCAGGAUGAACUAUCUGAAAACUUGGUUUGUGAUCGAUCUGUUGUCUUGUUUACCUUAUGACAUCAUCAAUGCCUUUGAAAAUGUUGAUGAGGGAAUCAGCAGUCUCUUCAGUUCUUUAAAGGUGGUGCGUCUCUUGCGACUGGGCCGUGUUGCCAGGAAAUUGGACCAUUACCUAGAAUAUGGAGCAGCGGUCCUUGUGCUCCUGGUGUGUGUGUUUGGACUAGUUGCUCACUGGCUGGCCUGCAUAUGGUACAGCAUUGGGGACUAUGAGGUCAUCGAUGAAGUCACAAACACCAUCCAAAUAGACAGUUGGCUCUACCAGCUGGCCUUGAGCAUUGGGACUCCGUAUCGAUACAAUACCAGUGCAGGGAUAUGGGAAGGAGGACCCAGCAAGGAUUCACUGUAUGUGUCCUCUCUCUACUUUACCAUGACAAGCCUUACAACCAUAGGAUUUGGAAACAUAGCUCCUACCACAGAUGUGGAAAAGAUGUUUUCCGUGGCCAUGAUGAUGGUUGGCUCUCUUCUUUAUGCAACUAUUUUUGGAAAUGUGACCACAAUUUUCCAGCAAAUGUAUGCCAACACCAACCGGUACCAUGAGAUGCUGAAUAAUGUACGGGACUUUCUGAAACUCUAUCAGGUCCCCAAAGGCCUUAGUGAACGAGUCAUGGAUUAUAUUGUCUCAACAUGGUCUAUGUCAAAAGGCAUUGACACAGAAAAGGUCCUCUCCAUCUGUCCCAAGGACAUGAGAGCUGAUAUCUGUGUUCAUCUAAACCGGAAGGUUUUUAAUGAGCAUCCUGCUUUUCGAUUGGCCAGCGACGGGUGUCUGCGCGCCUUGGCAGUAGAGUUUCAAACUAUUCACUGUGCUCCUGGGGACCUCAUUUACCAUGCUGGAGAAAGUGUGGAUGCCCUCUGCUUUGUGGUGUCAGGAUCCUUGGAAGUCAUCCAGGAUGAUGAGGUGGUGGCUAUUUUAGGGAAAGGGGAUGUAUUUGGAGACAUCUUCUGGAAGGAAACCACCCUUGCUCAUGCCUGUGCCAAUGUCCGAGCACUGACAUACUGUGACCUCCACAUCAUCAAGCGAGAAGCCUUGCUUAAAGUCCUGGACUUUUAUACAGCUUUUGCAAACUCAUUCUCAAGGAAUCUCACUCUUACUUGCAAUCUAAGGAAACGGAUCGUUUUCCGCAAAAUCAGUGAUGUGAAGAAAGAAGAGGAGGAGCGCCUCAGGCAAAAGAAUGAGGUCACCCUCAGCAUCCCCGUGGACCACCCGGUCAGAAAGCUCUUCCAGAAGUUCAAGCAGCAAAAGGAGCUGCGGAAUCAGGGGUCAACGCAGAGUGACCCUGAGCGGAACCACUUGCAGGUAGAAAGCCGCUCCUUACAGAACGGAGCCUCCAUCACUGGCACCAGUGUGGUCACCGUGUCACAGAUUACACCCAUUCAGACAUCUCUGGCCUAUGUGAAAACCAGCGAGUCCCUCAAACAAAACAACCGCGAUGCCAUGGAACUCAAGCCCAGUGGCGGUGCUGACCCCAAAUGUCUCAAAGUCAACAGCCCCAUAAGAAUGAAGAAUGGAAAUGGGAAAGGGUGGCUGCGACUCAAGAAUAAUAUGGGAGCCCAUGAGGAGAAGAAGGAAGACUGGAAUAAUGUCACUAAAGCUGAGUCGAUGGGGCUACUGUCCGAGGACCCCAAGGGCAGUGAUUCAGAGAAUAGCGUCACCAAAAAUCCAUUAAGAAAAACAGAUUCUUGUGACAGUGGGAUUACAAAAAGUGACCUUCUUUUGGAUAAGGCUGGGGAGGCGCGAAGUCCGCUAGAGCAUAGCCCCAUCCAGGCUGAUGCCAAGCACCCCUUUUAUCCCAUCCCUGAGCAGGCCUUACAGACCACACUGCAGGAAGUCAAACACGAACUCAAAGAAGACAUUCAGCUUCUAAGCUGCAGAAUGACUGCCCUGGAGAAGCAGGUGGCAGAAAUUUUAAAAAUACUUUCAGAAAAAAGUGUGCCCCCGACCUCUUCUCCCAAAUCCCAAAUGCCGCUCCAAGUACCUCCCCAAAUACCAUGUCAGGAUAUUUUUAGUGUUUCAAGGCCUGAGUCACCUGAAUCUGACAAAGAUGAAAUCCACUUUUAA